AUGUUGGACUGGCAGGCCGCCCUCUGCGCAAGUUUGCAAGUUGCAAAUUAUUUCCUUGGUUACUGCGAUUCUGGAGGAUACCAUGGCUGCAUUUUCAGAGGUUUCUCCCAGACAGUUUUCAUGAUGGCCUCCCGUCUUAUGGUGGUGCUAAUGUCUGUUGAGCGCUUUAUUGCACUGAGAUAUCCGUUCAAGUACAGUAGUUUGAUGUCGAAAGAAAGAGUCAUAGGUGCCGUUGUUGGAUUAGGAAUUUACGCAAUAUUCGUAUCAUGCUUGCCUAUAAUGGGAGUUAACAGCUAUGGCUAUCAAUCUUGGUGCGAUUUUCACUGGAACGACAGAUCGGUUGGGGGAAGAUUUUUCGUCCUUUAUUUUGUUUUUGAAGGAUUUACUUGCAUGGCAAUCAUCGUUUUCUGCAACAUCUCCGCCAUAUAUGAGCUUCUCCGCAUGAACAAAGUACGACCACUCGACACGGGAUCAAAAAUAGACAAAGAUCAAACAAAAUUUAUAGUGAUGAUGGUGGCAAUCUCUGUCGUUUACAUAGUCUUCUCAUCACCCCUUUUAGUACGUCUUUUCUGUAACCAACUUGAAAUCAAUCUUUCGAAACAAAAAGACUUUGUUGGAAUCCGUCUGAAUAUUGUCAACAACAUGAUGAAUGCCCACCUGUUUCUUUUCAUCCAAUUUCUCUUUCAUCCGAAGGUACUUGAAAAGUGGAGGAGAUGUUUCGGCCGAGGUAGAAAUGAGGAUCCGAGUUCCACGAUUCCAACAACCACCACUUCAUAA